AUGGUAUUACCACAGUUUAACCAGGAGGUAAAACAUAAAAAUGGCGUGCAUCGUGUUCAACGCCGAUAUGCCAACAGUAAACGGCCACAAUAUGUCGACAACGAUGCAUCGGCGCCCGGAAGUGCUAAACGAAAAGUUAGCAUCAGAACUCGCGAAAAAAAACUAUCAGCAGUUAGUGCAACGGCUGCAGCUGCAGGAGCAGUUUCGGCUGGUGAUUCUUUUGCAGUAACCGAUAUGCGGCUACGUGGCAGCCGUCCGAUGAUCCUCAGCCAUGACCAUCAACGACAAAGCAAAGAAGUUAAGCUUGAAGUUGAGAAAACAACAACGGUAAAUGGCUUUUUUGGUUCUGUAAGUUUUUUAUUUUUUAUUGUCUUAUCUGCAGUUAUCCUUUUCUGUACUUUUUCUUUUGUCAGUUAA